AUGGGCAUCAAGGAGGAACUGCAGAGCCGUAGGUUCUGGAGCUGCCUCUUGGCAGAAGCAGCUGGCACUCUCAUCUUUGUCUGGGUGGUGCUGGGUGCCUCAUCCCCAGCUGGUCCUACAGAGGAGCUCCCUUCCCCGCUCCAGCCAGCCCUUGCAGCUGGCAUGGUUGCUAUCAGCUUGGCUCACUGUUUUGGAGAGAUCAGUGGUGCUCAAGUCAAUCCAGCACUUACCAUGGCCUUCCUGUGCACCCGCAAACUGGAUGUUUUGCAUGCGGCAACCUAUAUCUUGGCUCAAUGUUUGGGUGCCAUCUUAGCAUCUGGGUUUUUCUACCUUGUGUUGCCUACCUCAGCCAUUGGGCAUUUGGUCACAAAGGUCAGCACUGAGAGAAAUGCUGGGCAGGCUUUAGGGAUGGAGGUUUUUUCCACCUUCCAGCUGGCUCUCACCAUCUUUGCUGUCGAAGACCAUCGGAGGCGUGAAAUGGGCGAGCCUGGGAUCCUGGCCAUUGGCUUCUCUGUGAUAGCAGGAGCCUUAGCUGCAGGCACAUUCUCUGGAGGCAGUAUGAAUCCGGCCCGAUCACUGGGACCUGCAGUAGUGACAGGAAUCUGGGAGCAUCACUGGGUGUACUGGCUUGGCCCCACACUGGGCGCUGUUCUUGCUGGAGUAUCCUACGAAUUUUUCUUGGCUCACAGUGCUUCACGGGAAAAGCUAGUUGCCUGCCUGUCCUGCCGUGACAUUGAAAUUGUGGAGGCAGCCAGUAUGUCUCAUUCUUCACUCUCUGCUCCUGCUCCUGCCAAGCCACCUUGCAAGGGGGAACACGGCACUGAGUAGGAAUCCACAGCAAUGACUACUGGCCAUCCUCUUAACUGUGCUGUUAUGCCACCCUUAUUAACACUUCCUUGCCAUGUCACUCACUUCUGUUAUCUCCCAUGCAUAUGACUAUCUUGGCCCUGGCACUAAAGUGGAUUAGGGAUGUGAAGCCCUUUAAGGAACACUGCAGUGCCAGUCCUGGCAUGAGGCAGAGCUCUAUUU